CUUUAGUUGUAGGACUGCGAGUAGGCGCGUAAACGGCAGCGUGUUUGAUAACUUGUUGGUUUUACGCUAGAAGAUUUUGAUAUAUUGUGCCACAACUUUAGGAUAUAUUACGCAGGAUGUCUGGGUAUCAGAAUACACCAAUGAAGAAGCGUGUUGUAGAGGAAUACAAGCGCCAAGCCGACGAUUCUAACGAUAUGAGCGAAGGAUACUACAACAACAUGUGUGUAUUUUCUGGGAUGAGCAGUCCAGAGAUGCCCAAGUGUGAUCAGACUGGUCAGGAGCCGGAACGGGAGAAGCGCAUUCGUCGCGAGAUCGCCAAUAGCAACGAGCGCCGGCGGAUGCAGAGCAUCAAUUCCGGUUUCCAGCAGCUGAGGAACCUCAUUCCGGCCAGCGACGGAGAGAAGCUGAGCAAGGCGGCGAUACUGCAGCA